CAAAAAUGUUGGCACUAGUGUGAUGUGAUAUAUAAAAUUUGAAUGUUGGUCACAUUGCUUUCCAUUUUCCAUUGAUAUUUGUGACGUGUUGAAAAAUAAGGAAAAAUUUAGAAACAUUUGAAAAUACAAUUUAAAAGGAUAUCAAAAUGUUUAGCGUAAAAGGAUAUGAGUUUUUAAUAUUUGUCAUAUUUGUAGUAGAUAUAUCAUCAGCUCUUUAUUUCCACAUAGCAGAAACCGAGAGGAAAUGUUUCAUAGAAGAAAUCCCUGAUGAAACAAAUGUUAUAGUUAACUAUAAAGUAGAGUUGUAUGACCCAAGGACUGGUGGUUUUAUGCCUUCAUCUCCUGGCAUUGGCAUGCAUGUUGAAGUUCGUGAUCCAGAUGACAAAACCAUUCUUUCUAGGGUGUAUUCAUCUGAAGGGAAGAUCUCCUUUACGUCACAUACUCCUGGAGAACAUGUUAUAUGUAUGUACUCGAACAGUUCUGCAUGGUUUGGUGGAUCUCAGUUAAGAGUACAUUUAGACAUACAAGUUGGUGAACAUGCUAUUAAUUAUGGUGAAGUAGUUCAGAAAGAAAAGCUAUCAGAAUUACAAUUAAGAAUCAGACAGCUUUUGGAUCAAGUUGAUCAGAUUACUAAAGAACAAAACUACCAAAGGUAUCGUGAAGAUAGAUUCAGACAAACCAGCGAGAGUACAAACUCAAGAGUAUUGUGGUGGUCAAUUACACAAACCGCAGUGCUUAUUUUAAUGGGAGCCUGGCAAAUGAGACAUUUAAAAACAUUUUUUGAAGCUAAAAAACUUGUAUAAAGCUUCUUUUGUUAAAUAUAUUUUUUAAAUAAAAAA